AUGAGCGAAGUUCUGUUCCAGCAACUAGUCCCGUUGCAGGUGAAAUGCAAAGACUGCGAGGAGAGGAGAGUAAGUGUUAGAGUGAGCAUUGAACUACAAUCAGUUUCUAAUCCAGUUCACAGAAAGGAUUUAGUUAUCCGUCUGACUGAUGAUACGGAUCCAUUUUUCCUGUAUAACCUUGUUAUAUCUGAGGAAGAUUUUCAAAGUUUAAAAUUCCAGCAAGGUCUUCUGGUAGACUUCUUAGCUUUUCCACAAAAAUUUAUAGAUCUCCUUCAGCAAUGUACUCAAGAACAUGCCAAAGAAAUUCCAAGGUUUUUGCUACAGUUAGUUUCUCCAGCAGCUAUUUUGGAUAACUCACCUGCAUUUUUAAAUGUGAUAGAGACAAAUCCUUUUAAGCAUCUUACACACCUUUCACUAAAACUUUUACCUGGGAGUGAUGUGGAGAUAAAGAAAUUUCUAGCAGGCUGUUUAAAAUGUAGCAAGGAAGAAAAAUUAUCAUUGACGCAUUCACUAGAUGAGAUUACUAGGCAACUGAACUUCACACAAAAGACAUUAUCAGAAAAAAUCCAAGAAUUAGAUAAGUUACGGAAUGAAUGGGCAUCACACACAGCAGCCCUGACAAAUAAGCAUUCUCAGGAACUGACGAAUGAGAAGGAAAAAGCCUUGCAGGCACAAGUUCAAUAUCAACAGCAGCAUGAACAACAGAAAAAAGAUUUAGAAGUCGUCCAUCAACAAAAUAUUCACCAGCUACAAAACAGGUUGUCUGAGUUAGAAGCAGCUAAUAAAGACCUAACUGAAAGGAAAUAUAAAGGAGACUCCACUAUUAGAGAACUUAAAGCAAAACUUUCUGGUGUCGAAGAGGAGCUACAGCGGACUAAGCAAGAAGUACUCUCUUUGCGAAGAGAGAAUUCUGCACUAGAUGCUGAAUGCCAUGAGAAAGAAAAGCAUAUUAAUCAGCUACAGACAAAAGUGGCAGUUUUAGAACAGGAAAUCAAAGAUAAGGAUCAGCUUGUUUUAAGAACAAAAGAAGCAUUUGAUACAAUCCAGGAGCAAAAGGUGGUUUUAGAAGAAAAUGGUGAGAAAAAUCAGGUACAACUAGAAAAACUUGAAGCUACAAUAAAAUCAUUAUCAGCAGAACUUCUGAAGGCAAAUGAAAUUAUAAAGAAGUUACAAGGGGAUCUGAAAACUCUAAUGGGUAAAUUGAAACUGAAGAAUACAGUUACUGUUCAGCAAGAAAAACUCUUGGCUGAGAAGGAGGAAAAAUUACAAAAGGAACAAAAGGAAUUACAAGAUGUUGGACAGUCUCUCCGAAUUAAAGAGCAAGAGGUAUGUAAAUUACAAGAACAAUUAGAAGCUACAGUUCAAAAACUUGAAGAAAGCAAACAGCUUCUAAAAAAUAAUGAAAAGUUAAUCACAUGGUUAAAUAAAGAGCUAAAUGAAAAUCAGCUAGUGAGAAAGCAAGAUGUAUUGGGACCUUCUACCACUCCACCUGCACAUUCUAGCAGCAACACAAUCAGAAGUGGAAUUUCUCCUAACCUGAAUGUGAUUGAUGGUAGACUGACUUACCCAGCUUGUGGGAUUGGUUAUCCUGUCUCCUCUGCAUUUACAUACCAGAAUACCUUUCCUCAUCCAAUGUCUUCCAAAAAUAACAUCCACCCGGUUUCAGGACCAAAGGUUCAGUUUAAUUUGCAGUUUACAAAACCAAAUACACUGCUAGGAGAUGUCCAGUCAGGAGCAACUAUGAGUAUACCUUGCUCAAAUGAUAAGGAAAAUGGUGAAAAUUUAGGGCUGGAAUCCAAAUACCUGAAGAAAAGGGAAGAUAGUAUUCCUUUACGUGGUCUCAGCCAGAAUCUAUUUAGUAACUCAGACUAUCAGAAAGAUGGCACUCUCGGAGCAUUACAAACUUCCAAACCCACAGUGCACCCUGCUACAACUUCAGCAUAUUUCCCUGGGCAGUUACCAAACAGUUAA